ACUACGCCGUGUACAUUUUCUUGUUGCCCAAAAAAUCAGAUAAAAACUUUCAACUUGUUAGACUUUUUCUUCACACCCUUUUCCUUCCUCUAAUGCAUGAGUUUUGUUUGUUUGUUCUAACAUAAUAAAAAACAACAUUUUAUCAUAUGGGAAGUUCUUGUACAAAACCUGUUGCUCAUGUCUCUUCAUCAAACAUUUCUGGAAGUAAGAAGCCUCAAAGCACGAGCACCGCAAAGCGGUAUUCAAAUUCAUCUGAACAAAGAACUUCUUCCGAAAGUUCACAAGAAAAGCGGUAUUCAAAUUCAUCUGAACAAAGAGCUUCUUCCCGAAGUUCACAAGAAAAGCGGUAUUCAAAUUCAUCUGAACAAAGAGUUUCUUUCCAAAAUUCACAAGAAAAUGUGGAAACUUCAAUCUCCAACAAACUUAAGUCCUUCAGCUUGAAUGAUCUGAAGGAGGCUACUAAGAAUUUCCGGCGAGAAUAUUUAAUUGGAGAGGGAGGGUUCGGGCGUAUCUUCAAGGGAUGGAUUGAUGAGAACACAUAUGCUCCGACAAAACCAGGGAGUGGAAUUGUAGUGGCCAUCAAGAAUCUCAAGCAAGAAAGCUUUCAAGGCCACAAGGAAUGGCUUGCAGAAGUAAAUUAUCUAGGUCAGCUUCACCAUGAAAAUCUGGUGAAACUCAUUGGUUACUGCUUGCAAGGAAAAAACAGGCUUCUAGUUUAUGAGUUCAUGCAAAAAGGAAGUUUGGAAAAUCAUUUAUUCAGAAAAAACGUUCAGCCUAUUGCCUGGGCAACCCGUGUCAAUAUUGCUGUUGGUGUUGCAAAAGGAUUAGCAUUCUUACAUUCAUUGACUGCAAAUGUUAUCUUUCGUGAUUUAAAGGCCUCCAACAUCCUACUUGAUUCAGAUUUCAAUGCAAGGCUUUCGGAUUUCGGGUUGGCAAGAGAUGGUCCUACUGGGGAUAAUACUCACGUUUCAACAAGAAUCAUCGGAACUCAAGGUUAUGCUGCUCCAGAGUAUGUUGCAACAGGUCAUUUGACACCGAGGAGUGAUGUAUACAGCUUUGGCGUUGUCUUGUUAGAGUUACUAACAGGAAAGCGAGCAGUAGAAGACGCGAGACCUGGAUUUUCUGAAGAAACUCUUGUUGAUUGGGCAAUGCCUUUCUUGAGCGAUAGCAGAAGAGUUUUGAGAAUCAUGGACACGAGAUUAGGUGGUCAAUACUCAAAGAAAGGUGCACAAGCUGCAUCUGCACUGGCAUUACAAUGCUUAAACUCAGAUCCUAAAUUUAGACCACCUAUGGUAGAUGUUCUUGCAACAUUGGAAGGACUUCAAUCAUCAAAUGCAUUACAAAGGACACCAAAAUAUGGAAAUGAGAGUCCUGCAACCAAACAUUCUUCUCAUUCCCUUAGGUAAAAUGGAAGGAUUACAAACAAGUAUGAGCUGCUUUAUGUACCGGCACUUCACAUUGAAUUCGUAUCCAGUGUCUGAUACCAACAUGACACCGACACGACACAUAUGGUUACAUUAACAUAUUUCAGUGUCGUUUCUGGUGUCUAUGUCAGUGCUUCAUAAGCAGCUUGUCUUGUUUUGUUUCCACUUUUUGUACAAUGCUUCUGCAUCCCUCUAGGAAAAAGAGCAACAGAAUAGUGUGUUGUUAUUAUCCCAAUAAUUAAUGCUUUGUUCUUUCAUUUCUGUUCUAGAGAGAAUGAUUACCAUUUGUGUGGGUUGUUCAUUUUGUAAGUAUUAUUACUUUGUGUUAGCAUAGCAGCUAUAGGUUCUUCUGAAAUUGUUUGAUUCUUUUGUGCUUUUAAAAUAUGCACUGUUGUUAUAUAUACAAAUUUUGAAAUAGUAUACAA